AUGGCAGACCUUGUGGUUGGCUUGGCCAAGACAGUGGUGGAGGGGGCCCUGACCAAGGCUCAGUCAGCGAUUGAGGAGGAGGCAAAAUUGCAGCAAAGUGUGCAGCACAACCUUGUAUUCAUUGCUGGUGAGUUUGAGAUGAUGCACUCCUUCCUCAACGUUGCCAAUGAGGAGCGUGUCAAGAACAACGUUGUGAGGACCUGGGUGAGGCAGGUUCCUGAUCUGGCAUAUGAUGUGGAGGACUGCAUAGAGUUUGUCAUCCACCUGGACAACAAGCCAAGGUGGUGGCGCCGCAUGCUUCCACUUUGCUUGGCAGCAUCAGCAUUGCCCUUAGAUGAGGCGGUAACUGAGAUAGAGCGGCUCAAGGUUAGGGUUGAGGAUGUGAGUCGAAGGAACUCACGCUACAACCUCAUCAGCGACUCUGGAUCCAAGCCCAUCAUGCAGCAACAGAUGGCACCCAACACAGCUUUUGGCCCAAUGGCACUUGACAUGCUGGUUGAGGCGAGGGACACCGCAAAAAAACAGCAAGGCUUAGGGGACCUCGCCCAGCUACUCACAAAGGAACAAGCUGACCUUGGGGUAAUCUCAGUUUGGGGAACAGGUAGUGAACUUGGUACAACAUCAAUCAUCAGAAAGGCCUACCAGGAUCCAGAACUCUGUCGAAAAUUUGAAUGCCGCGGCUGGGUGAAGCUUACACAUCCUUUCAAUCCCCAUGAGUUCCUCCGUAGUAUGGUGACUCAGUUCUACACAAACAGUUGCCUGCAAAAAGGAAUCGUUAUAAAUGUGAAUGAACUGAAGAGGAUUGAGGUAAUGGCGACAAUGGAAGGUGGACUCAUUGAGCCAUUUAUGGACAAAGUAAAUGAGAACAGAUACCUAGUUGUCCUGGAAAAUGUGUCCACAAUCGGAGAUUGGGACACCAUCAGGACGUACCUGCCAGACAGAAUGAAUGGCAGUUGGGUCAUUGUAUCCACACAGCAGUGUGAAAUUGCAAGCUUGUGCAUUGGACGUUCAUACCAAGUAUCGGAGCUGAAGCAGUACUCUGCGCAGCACUCUAUAUGUGUCUUUUUGAAGGAGAGUUUGCAAGGUGAUGGUGAUAAAAGCAUGGAAUCUGAUAGAGUGGUAGACAACAGCAAUGAAAUAUCAAUGGAGGAUGAAGCAACCCAUGGUACUGGCUUUCUGCCCUACUACAGAAUUCCAACAUCUAAAUGGAAGGCUGCCUGUGAUUGGGUGGAGAAUUUUCACCUUGUUGAACGCAAGUCAGAAAUGAACCAACUUGGUAACUAUAUUGCUAAGGCACGUCUCAAUGGUUUGCAAGUGCUGUCUGUGUGGGGGAUAUCUGGUGUUGGGAAAUCAGCCCUGGUUAGGAACAUGUACUAUGACAGAAUUCAUCGAAAUGACUCAUUAUUUGACAGGUAUGGUUGGGUCGAUGUAACCCACCCAUUCAAUUUAAGGGACUUCUCCCGGAGUUUGCUUUUGGAUUUUCAUUCACAACCCGUUGAAGCGAUGGGAAUUAAAGACCCUACUCAAGAGUGUCAUAAGAUUCUAAAAGAUAACCGGUGCCUUGUUGUUAUUGAUGAUCUGGAGUCCAUGGAAGAAUGGGACUUAAUACAGGCUGCCUUGGUGUCUAGACCGUCUAGUAGUAUUAUCAUUGUCAUUACAACUGAAGCAAGCAUCGCCGCACAUUGUGCAGAUAAUGAAGGGGUCAUAUUUAAUGUCAAAGGUCUAGAAGACAAAGCAGCCCUCGAGCUCUUCAAAAAGCAGGUACAUAAGCAAAAACCAUCUUCUCCUAUAAAGGACUCCAAAGAUGAAGAGCUACAAGAACUUAUUUUGAAGUGCGGUGGUCUUCCCAAAGUGAUAGUUGCUGUAGCCAUUUUUUUGGCACCUAAAACAGUCACAUGGAUGAAUAGUGCGAGUUCUAUGAAUCUCAAAUUUAUGCAAGAACUGGAGAGCAGCCCAGAGUUUGCUUGCCUGCGGCCACUCUUUGGUUGGCUGCACUCCUACUUUCGAACUUGCCCGGAUUUCCUCAAGCCAUGUAUCUUCUAUCUGUCAAUUUUUCCUCGAGAUCACAGUAUCCGGAGAAGGCGUUUGGUGAGACGGUGGAUUGCAGAGGGCUAUGCCAGGGACACUGACAAAAUGUUUGCGGAGGAGAGAGGGGAGCAGUUCUUCUGUGGGCUCCUCGAUCUGAGCAUAAUAAUGCAGAAACCACAUUCAGUCACCACCGCAUUCAGCGACAGAAGAAUGACCUGUGCCAAGUCAACAGUUUUGUCUGAGAGUAUAUCAUAUCACGGCGUCACCUCAUCAUACUGGAAAGCUGGGACAGACAUAAUUGUGUUUGAGAGCAUUGACUUCUCACGGCUACGGUCUUUGACAGUGUUUGGAGAAUGGAGGUCAUUCUUCAUCUCUGAUAGGAUGAGGUUACUUCGGGUUCUGGAUCUUGAGGAUGCAUCCGGUUUAAAAGAUGAAGAUCUCAAACAAAUGAUGAAGCUGCUUUGUCGCCUCAAGUAUCUUUCCCUACGAAGAUGCACUGAGAUCUGUAGGCUGCCGAAUUCAUUGGGUUGUUUGAGGCAGCUUGAGACUCUGGAUGUCAGACAUACAUCCAUAGCAACCAUGCCAACAACCAUCACCAAGCUAAAGAAACUGCAGUACCUUCGUGCUAGUACCACCAAACCAACUGAGGAACAACCAAUACCCGAUGCUGCUGGUACAACCAAACCAACAAAGAAACAACCAACCCCACAUACCUCUGUAUCAUGGACAUCAUCUUUGUUCAGCAGACGUCGACAACUAGAGGGUGUUGAGGUUCCUACUGGGAUAGAGAGAAUGACUGCAUUGCUCACCAUCGGUGUUGUUAAUGUCGAUUCUGCUUGGGGGAGGGCCAGGAAGCUCACCCAAUUGCGCAAGCUUGGAGUGUCUGGAAUCAGUAAGAACAACAGCAAAGAUUUCUGUGUGGCCAUCUCAAGUCAUGCGCAUUUAGAAUCCUUAUCAGUUAGGCUCAAGAAGGACAAUCAGGACUGCUUGUAUGUCACCCCAGAUGGGUAUCUUCCCCCCCAGAACCUACAGAGCUUUAAACUGUAUGGCCUUGCAGACAAGUUUCCAGAGUGGAUCAAUGAGCUUGACAAUCUCAGGAAGUUAGUUUUGGAGAUGACUAUAUUAACCGAAGAUACUAUCAGUGGACUCAGGGAUCUUAAAGUAUCUAUUCUAUGUCUCAUUGCCAAGCAGCUUCCUGAUGGUAAGCUCAAUUUUUGUGUCAUGUUGCAUGGACAGCAAUUACGCUGCUAUGAAACAGUGAAGGUACUCGAGAUUUCUUGCAGCUCCAGCUUAGAUGUGACUUUUGGAUCACAAGCACUGCACAAUCUUGAGCUGUUGAAAGUUUCCUGCUGUAGUGGUUCAGGGUCGGUAAUGAAGUUCUCUGGGCUAGAAAAACUGUCUAAAUAUGAACUCAAGGAAGUCCAGAUUAAGGGUUCCCAUGAUGACAAACUCAAAAAAGAUGUGGAGGAACAACUUGCCAGGCAUCAAAAGAAACCUGUUUUGAAGAUGGAAUAA